AUGCCUCCUGUUUUCAGGUUGUCUGCCGGCAAGAUUCAGCGAGAGAUGAUCUCAAAGGUGUCUCUACCACUACGAGUACGACUACAGACAAGUGACGUCGCCUCCCGCUCACAACGGCGGUCGUUUGCCGCUAUUCCCUCCACCAAACCUGAACAAAAGGUGCAGUCAACAACCGACGCUGAAGACAAAAGAGCGGCUCAACUGAAUCGACACACCAUCGACCGACAGUCCGACGAGGUGUCCUUAUCCGGCACCGACGAUGCCGUGGCUGCCCAGAUGUCGGUGUCGUUUGGAAAGACCGGAGCCGACAUGGACCAAUUACAGACAGAAUCUGCACAACAGAACGCCUGGGGAAACCCGCUGGACGCCAGUCCGGCCAAUAGGACUAUGAGUCAAGGCACGGCCGAGGCCAGCGGUGGCGUCGACACGAAACCGGUCACGGCUGAGAAGAGUGUCUAUCAGAGCGAGCCGAGACUGCAGAAGUCCAAGGUCGGGUCUGAGAAGGAGUCUUUCGCCGGCUCCUCUAAGGUGGUCAAGGAGACUGAAACCCCCUCGAUGGUCCAACAGGGAUCAAGAUAG